AUGUAAAAACAACAUGGCGGACGGGCAGUGUCAAUUUGGGAACGUCGUGAUCAUAACGUAAAAUAAUGGAUUUUGUUGUUUUAGAAUAUGGGUGAAUAUGUGCAAUAAAUUUAUUAUACUUUGAUGUGCUAAGUGUUGUGUUUUGAUUGUAUUUGUGUAAAUUAAGUGAAACAAUGGCCUCGGAUAAGAUAAAAGUAGCCGUUCGGGUACGACCCUUUAACAGGCGAGAACUAGAACUCGGCACACAAUGCGUGGUGGACAUGGAACAACAGCAGACGGUGCUGCAGUACCCACAGGCUCACGACAAAGACAGAAAACAACCAAAGACGUUCGCGUUCGACCACUGCUUCUUCUCACUCGACUCUUCGCUCCCCAACUUCGCUUCUCAGAAGACCGUCUUCGAAUGCCUGGGGCGGGACAUCCUCGACAAUGCCUUCGACGGGUACAACGCCUGCAUAUUCGCGUACGGACAGACAGGUUCCGGCAAAUCGUACACGAUGAUGGGAGCUCCCGGGGCUGAUGAAGGCGGCAUCAUCCCCCGGCUGUGCGACGCCCUGUUCGAGAGGAUAGCCCGCCAGCAGUCACCGCCCGCACUCACUUAUAAGGUGGAGGUGUCCUACAUGGAGAUAUACAACGAACGAGUACACGAUCUUCUCGACCCGGAGACGACGCGCCGAUCCCUGCGCGUGCGCGAGCACGCCGUCCUCGGGCCGUACGUCGAUGGGCUGUCACAGCUGGCUGUCACGUCGUUUCAGGACAUCGACAACCUCAUGACAGAAGGCAACAAGUCCCGGACAGUCGCCGCCACAAACAUGAACAGCGAGUCAUCUCGCUCGCACGCUGUCUUUAGCGUAGUACUAACACAAACGCUGUGCGACGCUGCGACUGGCGUUACUGGGGAGAAAGUCGCGCGAUUGUCGCUGGUGGAUCUGGCUGGCUCGGAGCGGGCGGUGAAGACGGGAGCGGUUGGGGAUCGGUUGAAGGAAGGAUCUAAUAUUAACAAAUCACUAACAACACUGGGCCUGGUCAUAUCGAAGUUAGCGGACCAGUCGUCAGGCAAGCCUAAUAAGGACAAAUUCGUGCCGUACAGAGACUCCGUGCUUACUUGGCUGUUGAAGGACAACCUUGGGGGCAACAGCAAAACUGUCAUGGUAGCAACGAUAUCCCCAGCGGCCGAUAACUACGAAGAAACAUUAUCUACCCUUCGCUACGCCGACCGAGCGAAGAGAAUCGUCAACCAUGCCGUUGUCAACGAAGAUCCCAACGCCAGGAUCAUCAGGGAGCUUAGACAAGAGGUCGAGGCUCUUAAGGAGAUGCUUAAACAUGCCACGGGUUCGCCAGUGGGUGAAGACGUACAUGAACAAUUAGCGCAGAGCGAACAUCUGAUGAAGGAAAUGUCCAGGACAUGGGAAGAGAAACUUGUUGAAACAGGUCGAAUACAAAGCGAGCGCCAACACGCACUAGAAAAAAUGGGUAUCAGCGUGCAAGCGAGCGGUAUUCAAGUGGAGAAAAACAAGUACUAUCUCGUCAACUUGAACGCUGACCCGUCGCUCAACGAACUUCUGGUGUAUUAUCUAAAGGAUCGAACCAUGGUCGGUGCCGACAGUUCAGCAGACAUCCAGCUCUCCGGUCUCGGCAUUCAACCCCACCACUGCCAACUAAUCCUGGAGGGGGGAGGCCUAAACAUGGAACCCGUAGGGGCGGCGAGAUGUUUCGUCAACGGGACCCCUGUGGUGUCUAGAGUGAGAUUAGGACACGCGGAUAGGAUACUGUGGGGGAACCAUCACUUCUUCAGGGUCAACUGUCCGAAGACUACCACUGCGGCCUCCGAACCACAAACUCCAGCGCAGCCAAUCGAUUACAACUUCGCUCGGGAUGAAAUUAUGCUCAAUGAGCUCAGCAACGACCCCAUACAGACAGCCAUAUCGAGGCUUGAGAAGCAACAUGAGGAAGAUAAACAAGUGGCGUUAGAAAAACAACGACAGGAGUAUGAGCGACAAUUCCAGCAGCUAAGAAACAUUCUGUCUCCAACUACUCCCUACCCGCCUUACUCAUACGACCCCCUCAAACUAGGAAAAAUGCCAGCCUGUACUCCAACAACAGCCGCUCGCGUCGAGCGCUGGGCCGCCGAGCGAGACGACACAUUCAAGCGUUCCCUCGGGCGCCUUAAGGCCGAUAUACUUCGUGCCAACGCUCUAGUUCAGGAGGCCAACUUCUUAGCUGAAGAGAUGAGGAGGAACACGCGGUUUAGCGUGACACUGCAGAUACCGCCGCAGAACUUGAGUCCUAAUAGAAAGCGCGGCGCAUUCGUCUCGGAGCCAGCUAUCAUGGUGAAACGGCCCGGGCGCGGCGCGCAAGUGUGGUCCAUGGAGAAACUGGACAACAAGCUGGUGGAUAUGAGGGAGAUGUAUGACGAGUGGCGGCGGCUGCAGAGAGACGGAGACGAGCCUCCAGCAGAAAAAGCCAUCGACCCAUUUUACGAGUCGCAAGAAAACCACAACCUGAUCGGCGUUGCUAACGUGUUUCUGGAAGCGCUGUUCCAUGACGUCACUCUCGAUUAUCACACGCCCAUCAUCAGCCAGCAGGGAGAAGUUGCGGGCAGGUUACAGGUGGAGAUCAGCAGAGUGGCUGGCCAGUUCCCUCAAGAUAGAAUUUGUGAGGCAGCGUCAGAUAGUUCGGGAGACAUGCGAGAUGAUGAGGACCCUUCGGAUCCUGCUACUCAGCAGGUGACAAUCCGCGUAGCCAUCAAGCAAGCGACCGGCCUACCUCCCUCGCUGUCUCAUUUCGUGUUCUGCCAGUACUCGCUGCUCGGGGAGGCGGUGGUGGUGGCGCCACAUGUCGGCGACGCCGCGCCAGCUCCGUCGUCGCCGCGAGCCGCCGCCGCGCCUAAUGUGCACUUCGACCACGAGCAGGACCACACGCUCACGCUUACUGAGGAGUUUAUUGAACAUUGUGCAGAGGGCGCCCUCUCCAUCGAAGUCUGGGGCCACCGUUCGGCUGGCUUCAGCCGCGGCCGCGGCAACUGGGAGGUGGAACAACAACAGCUGGCCAAAGCACGCUCGUUGGCUGACCGCUGGGCAGAGCUGACUAGGAAGAUCGAGCUGUGGGUCGAGAUACAUGAGCUGAAUGAUCAGGGCGAAUACGCUCCUGUUGAGGUUGUGUCUCGACCAGACAUGGUAACCGGUGGCGUGUAUCAACUUCGUCAGGGGCAGCAACGCCGAUUAGCCGUCAGGGUUAGGCCAGCACAUAACUCAGGAACUUUACCCAUCAUCUGUCAGCACAUCGUCAGCGUUGAAGUGGGCUCCGUUAGCGUUAGAUCUCGCCUCCAAAAGCCAUUGGAUUCGUACCAAGAGGAAGAUUUGGCCGUGCUCAGAGAGCGAUGGAGCGACGCGCUCGCGAGGCGACGACAACAUUUACACGCGCAGCUACAAAAACUAGUGAAUAUGUCGCCGUCAAUGAAGAGCGAACGAGAUAUGGAGCGGGAACAAUCGCUAGUCGAGCAGUGGGUUUCCCUCACCGAAGAACGAAACGCGGUUUUGGUGCCGAGCCCUGGCAGUCCUAUCCCUGGUGCGCCGGCCGCGUGGAAUCCACCACCAGGCAUGGAGCAACAUAUACCAGUUUUAUUCCUGGACCUCAAUGCUGACGACCUAACAACCCACCCGUCGGGCGAAGAAGUGACCGUUGCGGGUCUCCACUCCAUCCUACCCAAGGAGCACGGGAACAAGUUCUACGAACUCCAGAUAUUGCACCACCACGACAAAGAUGUCUCCGCCAUCGCGUCAUGGGACUCAUCCAUUCAUGACUCUCAGUAUCUUAACAGGAUUACUGAAGCCAACGAACGCGUGUACCUGAUCCUAAAGACCACCGUUCGCCUUUCUCACCCCGCGCCCAUGGAUCUUAUACUGCGCAAGCGGCUCGGGCUCAACAUUUACAAGCGGCAGUCGCUCACUGACAGGAUACGCAAGAAGAUUGUCAGAGUGGACCAGUUAACGCAGACCGGAGUGACAUACGAGGUGGUGUCCAACAUCCCAAAGGCCUCCGAGGAGUUGGAAGACAGGGAGAGUCUCGCCCAGAUCGCUGCUACGGGCGAAGAAGCCAGCGCUGCUGAUGGGGAAACCUUCAUAGAGAAAUACACCCGCGGCGUAAGCGCAGUGGAAAGCAUACUGACGCUCGACCGAUUACGCCAGAGUGUCGCCGUGAAGGAAUUGGAGCAAGCGCGCGGACAGCCCGUCACUAUGCGCAAGACCGCUUCUGUGCCUAACUUCUCACAGCUGACGCAGGCGCUCGACAGCGCGGCGAAGGGCGGAGCCAACAUCAUGCGCCUAGACUCGUCAUUCGAGUCGCUCGGCGUGGCGGGCCGCUCGGGCAGCGUGGCGGACUUGGCCGACGAGCCCCGACGCGUGCGCCACUCCUACGCCGCGCCGGCGCACAACGACCCCGACCUGCCCACGCCUACUAAGCCGUUUGGACUCGGCUCAUUCCUCUCAGCGCGGCCCACGUUCCUAAACUUGAACUUGAACCUCAACUCGCUGCGACUGCAGACGCCCAGCAAGUCAUCCCCGGCCAGUGGUAAGCUGGGUCUGCGCAUGACGACCCUUCACGAAGAGCCCGGGAGGAGGAAUGACGAUGACUCUCAUUCUGAACCUGAGUGUGCUGCCGACGCUCUCACUACUCCAAGGGAACAUAGACAGCGCGCACGGACAUCGCGUGGGUUCCUGCCGACAUCGAAGACGUUGGACUCCCUACAUGAGCUCGCUUGCGAACGGGUGCCCACUAAGAACUCGCCAUCGAUAUCAUCCAGCGGCUACGGUUCCCAAGCAGUGUCUUCGACAAACCUGACGAACGACGAUACACUGUCUAUUCGCAGCAUGUCUGUGGACGAUACGCCCGAUUUCGACAAGUCGGAGUACGCAUUACGGACGAAAACGUCUAUCUCUGGGCUGAGGAAUGAGAUUACUGAGCUACGCAACGAUAUUAGUGAAUUGAAAAACGACAUCGUCGAAUCAAAACACGAACUAGACACGACGUACGAAAAAAGACCGGUCACACCGGGCGGGCGACGGAUCAACCCGUUCAUGCGAGACUGUGAAAACGGGAUGGUCGACCCGUUAGGGGCUAUCCCUGUGGAGAACUUGAGUGUUGCCAGCCCGCCGCCCGCUGAGCAGAGUGUCAAUGGCGAGCAUGAGACUUCAGGAGAAGCUGAUGUGGAAUCUGUGAGCUCGGAACAGAGUCAUGACACGGAGCGCAGUCGAGAAGCAUCGUCGGUUGGGGAAAGUGAUUCGACCUCUGGGGACCACGUCAAAACUCAGCUGCCAGCCGGCAAGGUUGUCCGUCGCCGAGCAACCAACUCAUCGCGCAGCGGAGCGCGCGCCUCGCACCCUGGCAACCGCCCCCGCUCCGCCAUAGAACCCGGCCAGCACGCUCAGAACUAUGUUCACAAUCUUAACAAGACGCUACACGACACACCAGCGUCUUCUACAGAACGGAUCGGAGAUGACGAGUCAUCAGAAACUCUCCUGCAUACGGCACCCGACUGGCUCACAGUAGGCGAGAGCGUGUCGCUCCGCCUCAGCAGCAGCACCGGCGUCGUGGCGUAUGUAGGGCCCGCGCACUUCGCACAAGGCCUGUGGGUCGGCCUUGAACUGGAUGCGCCUACUGGUAAAAACGACGGCUCAGUCGGUGGUACCCGCUACUUCCAAUGCCGACCAAGACACGGUAUCUUCGUGCGUCCUGACAAGCUGGUGCAAGACAGGCGAGGCCGAUCCGCCCGCCAGUAUAGAGAUAACGAGCUCAAACGAGCUGGAAGCAAAGGAGAAGGCCUACACAACUUACACAGAUCGAGGAGUCGCGGCGAAAGCAUAAACGUCGUGGGCACCAAAACUAGAAGCAAAUAAUUCACCCUCACGUCCAUAACGCCGUACCAUACCUUGUAGAGUACAACCAUGUGUAUAAGUUACUGUACUGCACGAACAACUUUAGUUGUGUACCUGCCAGUGAUUUGGCCAAUCAGAGCGCGGAAUGAAUACGCGCGAAGCGUCCUCGAUCGCUAUUGGUUGUUGCGCGACAGAGGUGGCAUGCGAUUGGUUAAGUUAGUUUAAAAAUGGCCGAUGUAACUUAUAUCUAUGGUUUUACUGUAUGGACCGAAUUAUAAAUAUACGUCCACCACCCUGUUUCGUUUGUUUUAGCAAAUGGUGCUUUCUAUGUAGUUUUCUGUUGCAUGAUAAAUUAAAAGUUUGAAAUGUUGAUGUUAUCGGAUGUAGGCUUUAAUUUAUUA